AUGGGUUGCAAGAGCACCCAAUUGCAAGCCUUUUCCCUUUUCUUGAUACUAAUCUUUUCCACCAAAGUUAGUUCAUGUGAUGACAAAUGCCAAAACUCAAAAUCCAAGCAUGAGUAUAAAUAUAAGCCUAACCCCAAAUAUGCACCAUCACCGCCACCUCCGAAAUCCAAAUCCCGUCCACCAGGACCACCACCAUCUCCCAAACCCAAAUAUUCACCAUCACCACCACCUCCGAAAUCCAAAUCCCCUCCACCAGGACCACCACCAUCUCCCAAACUCAAAUAUGCACCAUCACCACCACCUCCGAAAUCCAAAUCCUUAACACCACCACCGUCUCCAAAUCCCAAUUCUCCACCACCACCGCCUCGAAAACCCAAGUCUCCACCACCACAUCCUAAACCUAAAUGCCCCCCACCACCUAAACCGAAAAUUUCACCCCCUCCUCCCUCAACACCUCACAUUCCACCUCCUUUGCCCUCGCCACCGCCACCACCACCUCCCACUCAACUUCCACCGCCCUCGCCACCUCUAUCGACACCACCCUCUCCACCUCCUCAGUUCAUGUCGCCUCCACCGCCACCGCCACCACCACCUCCCACUCAACCUCCACCACCCUCGCCACCUCCACCGCCCUCGCCCCCUCUAUCGAUACCACCCUCUCCACCUCCUCAACUCAUGUCGCCUCCACCGCCACCUCUUUCGCCCUUUCCAUCAACCUCGCCAGCUCCAUCGCAAACUCCUUCGCCCUCGCCAGCUCCAUCGCAAACUCCUUCGCCCUCGCCAUCAACCUCUCCCGCUUCGUCGCCAUUGCUAGCUCCAGAGCCACCGUCAUUUCCAUCUCCUGCGCCCUCGCCAGCUCCGCCCGCGCCCUCUUCACAGCCACCGCCUAGUACCGGAAGAAUUUGUCCAAGGGAUGCCCUAGAAUUUCAAGCAUGUGGUCCUUUAUAUUUUGGUUUUACGAUCUACAACGGCGUGGAUACUAUUUCCUCAUGCUGCCCGCUUAUAAAUGACCUUGAUGACCUUCAGUUUCUUUAUUGCAUGUGCGACGCCUUCAAGGCCAAUGAUUUUGGUAUUGUUCAGUUGCCGGCUGAAUUUGAUGUUCGUUAUAUCUAUAUUUUCUGUAAUAUAAGGCAUCCAAGUAAUUUGCUCGACUGUGGCGCGUAG